AUGAUCAAGCUCUUCUCCCACGAACACAUUGCAUCCUCACCUGCUUCAACCUCCACAUCAUGCCUCCACAUCAUCCUCGACCUGCCCCUCUCGCUGGACAACCCUGGCAGGGACUACGCGGCUCAAUGGACUGAGACUGAGGAGAACAAGGGCGACUACACGGGGAAGCACACGUGCGCGAUGAUGUGGUCCGAGCAGAUCCUGAACACGUCACUGGAGGGCGUGGGCGUGGACGCGGACGUGGGAGAGUUGCCACCUCUGCAGCUUCUUCUCGCCAGGCACCAGGUAUUAGAAGCGUCUCAGAAUGAGCCGGCCAACAUCAGCAACUCGCCUGUUGCAUCUCCCGUCUUGCCCGAGCAGUCAGCUACACCUGCCAAGUCUCGUAGCAUUGCGGAGAAGACCUUGGUGAUCUUCAUGUCCAAGUCGUCCGUCUGUAGUAAUUUGACGGUCGUCGAGGACAAUAACUGCCGUGUAUCAGACUGGCUCGUUAGUGGCAGCACCGAUCAACAAUUUGACCCGGGAUGCCCCCCUCCCAUGCGUAUCGUGGCGACCGAUUUUCCCGCUGACGACGGUGCACCACAUGUCAGACCUGCGCCCAUUGGUCAUCCCAUCAAGAUUAGCCAGGUGCUCAAGCAGCCCAUGCCGCCGGGCAGAGUCGCCAGGCUGAUCAUCGAUGGUGAAGGCGACACCGAAGGAUAUCUCAGCUGCCCUGCGGAGACCGCGGACUCGUUCAUCGAGUGCGCUGCAGUUUGA